AUGAUGGUCAAGAACCACAGGACACUGACCUGCGCUCCGACGAACACCGCGGUGGUGGAGGUCGCAUCUCGGAUCCUCAGUCUCCUCGAGGAUUCCUCCCGUGGUGGCAGCAGUGGAAGGAAAUGCUUCCUGAGUGAUGUCGUGCUGUUCGGCAACGAGGACAGGAUGAGCGUGAACGGGAACCUAGCAAAGAUUUUCUUGGACUCUCGUAUUCGCCGACUGCGUGAAUGCUUGAUGCCAGGCUCAGGGUGGACACAGUGCCUGAGUUCCAUGCUACGACUUCUUGAGCGUCCAUUGGUUCAGUAUGAUAGGUAUGUUGAGGAAAUCGAUAAUGAGAUAAAGGAGGAACUUAAUAAUAAGAGCAAGAAAAUACGAAAAAUAGAGAAAAUGUCGUUCAAGGCCUACUUCAUGAGUAAUUACAAGCGUCUGGAGAACGAUUUGCGCUACUGUGUGGAGACUUUCCGCGAUGAUCUUCCCAGGUCUACAACGUCUGAAGGAAAUUUUCGCUGUAUGACUGAAGUGCCCCACCUGCUUAAUGUGUUUCAGAAUCUUUUGCUGUAUGAACCAGAUGAACAGCUGCAAGCACUGUUCAAAAGUGAAGAUGAAAGAUACUGCCCGUUGUUCCUGAAUUUGGUGACCCAGGUGCACGACGGUGUGAGUUUGGAGCUGAAGGAAGCAAGAUCCUCAUGUCUUCAGAAAUUAAGAGAGUUAUCUGAUCACUUCGAGCUUCCAGAUAUGUUCGACAGCCGGUCGAUCGAAGAAUUCUUGCUUCAGAGGGCUAAGAGCGUGCUCUGCACAGCUUCGAGUUCAUACCGUCUGCACUACCUGCAAAAGGCCCAGACGUUCGAGGUCCUUGUCGUGGACGAGGCAGCGCAGCUGAAGGAAUCCGAGUCACUGAUACCUCUCCAGCUCCCUGGCGUCCGUCACGCUGUUCUCAUCGGCGAUGAGUACCAGCUACCAGCAUUGGUUAAAAGCAAGGUGGCUCGCUCACUCUUCGUGUAUUAUUUUUACUGUCAUAAUGUUUACUGUUGCUAUGGCAGAGCAAACUUAAUUCAGUCCCACAACAGGUUUGUGAUGACGCUGACUUUGGAAGAAGCCUCUUCGAGAGGCUGA